GCCCCCGAGCAGCGGCCGGAGCCGGCGGCAUGAUCCGACGGGCCGGGGCGGCCGCGCGCGGGGGCCCCGCGGGUCCUGUUCCAGGUGUUGGCAAAGAAGAGGGAGAGGAAGAGGAGGAGGAGGAUGUCAUGGGGCCUUGUCUGCCAGUCAGCCCGAAGAACUGCCUUCCCCUGCGAGGUAUUAGUGUCCUGGAGAAGCUCAUCAAAACAUGCCCGGUGUGGCUGCAACUGGGUCUGGGCCGGAUGGAGGCAGCCAGGAUCCUGCAGCAAGAGGCGGCUGGGACAUUCCUGGUCUGUCAGGAUAGCAGCUUGAAGCAUCUGGUGCUCUGUGUCCACUUCCCUUCCCCGAAUGAGAGCUCGUCCAAAGUGCUCGAAUACACGGUUAAAGAAGAAAAAUCAAUACUGUACCUGGAAGGCUCUGUUCUUGUGUUUGAGGACAUCUUCAGACUGAUUGCAUUCUACUGUGUCAGUAGAGAUUUGCUGCCCUUCACGCUGAGGCUGCCCCAGGCCAUCCUUGAAGCCAGCAGCUUCACAGACCUCGAGACCAUCUCCAACCUGGGCCUGGGCUUCUGGGACUCAUCGCUGAACCCCCGGCGAGGCAGUGGGAGCUCCGCGGAGCCCCCGAGGGACCCGGCACCCAGAGCACCCCCGGCCUGCGGCCUCAGGCCCACCGCCCGGCCCGGGAACUGCUCGUGUGAAAUCGAGCUGUCCGUAGGAAACGACCGCCUGUGGUUUGUGAAUCCCAUCUUCAUCGAGGACUGUGGUGGCGGCGGUGCCCUGCCUGUCGCCCCGCCGAGCCCCGGAAGCUGCCCCACACGCCCGCUGCCCCCCGCCUCCUGCGCUACCUCACCCACCUCUAGGUGGGCCCCGCGCCGCCCGGCACCCCCUCCCCCGGCGCCCCCUCCCCCAGCACCCCCUCUGCAGCCCAGCGGCCCCCAGCGGCCCCCUCCACCCCCAGCUCUGGUUCCCGCUUGUCCUUUGCCCAGUUCCCCCCCAGCAGCUGCUCCCCCGCCUCCAGAGGCCCUUCCUCCCACACCCCCGGCAUCUGCCCCCCACCUUGCCCCCCAUGCCCCAGGCCCCCCAGACCUUCCAAGCCAAGCACCCAUGGCAGCCUGCGAGAGGCUCUCACGGCCCCCGACAGGCCUGGGCCCCCUCAGGGAGGAAGAGAUGAAGCCUGGGCCGGCCCCCGGCCCCUUGCCGCAGCCCCCUGCCCCUCUUAUCCCCGUGAAGAGCCUCCCGGCUGCACCGCCCAGACGCCGCAUCUCUGAGAAGGUCUCCCUGGAGGACCAGGCUGCUGGGAGGGUGGACAGGACGCUGCCUGCCGUGGGGGAGCAGCCGGGGCUUCCCAGGGCGCCCGUGCUCAGCCCACCUCCCCCGGGGACAUCGGAGCAAGGUCAGGAAGUGGUGGCCCGAGCUGGUGACCCGGGGAGUGUGCCAGAGCCACCGAGGAAGGUCCGGCAGCCCCCAGUCCCGCCCCCCAGGAGGAAACGGAUCUCCCGGCAGCUGGCCUCGGGCCUUCCCGGUCCUGUGGAGAGCACCGAGUCCUCCUCCAUGAAGGACGAGGCCCCCCAGAAACCCACACCGGGUGCGCCCGGGGAAGGCCGUGGCCCUGCGUCCUGUGCCAGGACUCAGAGCCCACAGGCCCAGGCCGGCAGCCGGCCCCAGAGCUCUGCAGAGUUCAAGGGCUCCCUGGCCUCCCUGUCCGACAGCCUGGGAGCGUCGGCCUUGGCCGCGGACCAGGAUUCCUACUCCACCAGCAGCACGGAGGAGGAGCCCGAGCACCUGGGCGGUGCUGGCAAGAAGAAGCCCUCCGUGAUCCUGGGCAAGGCACGGCACCGCCUGAGCUUCGUCAGCUUCACCAACGUGUUCCACGCGUUCCUGUCCAAUGACCGUAAGCUGUACAAGAAGGUGGUGGAGCUGGCGCAGGACAAGGCCUCCUACUUCGGCAACCUGGUGCAGGACUACAAGGUGUACAGCCUGGAGAUGAUGGCACGCCAGACCUCCAGCACGGAGAUGCUGCAGGAGAUCCGCACCAUGAUGACACAACUCAAGAGCUACCUGCUGCAGAGCACCGAGCUCAAGGCCCUGGUGGACCCCGCGCUACACCCUGAAGAGGAGCUAGAGGCCAUCGUGGAGUCGGCCUUGUAUAAGUGUGUGCUGAAGCCCCUGAAGGAGGCCAUCAACGCAUGCCUGCGGGAGAUCCACAGCAAGGACGGCUCGCUGCAGCAGCUCAAGGAGAACCAGCUGGUGGUCCUGGCCACCACCACCACGGACCUGGGCGUGACCACCAGCGUGCCUGAGGCGCCCGUCAUGGAGAAGAUCCUGCAGAAGUUCACCAGCAUGCACAAGGCCUACUCGCCCGAGAAGAAGAUCGCCAUCCUGCUCAAGACCUGUAAGCUCAUCUAUGACUCCAUGGCCCUCGGCAACCCAGGGAAGCCCUAUGGGGCAGACGACUUCCUGCCAGUGCUUAUGUACGUGCUGGCCCGCAGCAACCUCGCGGAGAUGCUCCUCAACGUGGAGUACAUGAUGGAGCUCAUGGACCCCGCCCUACAGCUGGGGGAGGGGUCCUACUACCUGACCACCACCUACGGGGCCCUAGAGCACAUCAAGAACUAUGACAAGAUCACAGUGACCCGGCAGCUGAGCGUGGAGGUGCAAGACUCCAUUCACCGCUGGGAGCGCCGGCGCACGCUCAACAAGGCCCGGGCCUCCCGCUCCUCGGUGCAGGACUUCAUCUGCGUGUCGUACCUGGAGCCCGAGCGGCAGGCGCGGACGCUGGCGUCGCGGGCAGACACGCCGGCCGAGGCGCUGUGCGCGCAGUGCGCCGAGAAGUUCGAGGUGCCGCGGCCCCAGGACCACCGGCUCUUCGUGCUCGUGGACGGCCGCUGCUUCCUGCUGGCGGACGAGGCGCUGCCGCACCGCAUCAAGGGCUACCUGCUGCGCAGCGAGCCCAAGCGCGACUUCCACUUCGUGUACCGGCCCCUGGACGGCGGCGGGGCCGCGGGGGGGCCGCCGUGCCUCGUGGUGCGCGAGCCCAACUUCCUGUGACCCACGGCCCCGUGCCUCGCCAGGCGGAGAGGGAAACUGAGGCUCGGAGAGAGCCGGGACCGCCCCGCCAGCCGCCGCCCGACGGCCCUCCUCCCCGGGGCCCCCAGGACCUCCUCCCGAGCAGCCUCUGCCGGCUCAGCUGCGCGGGCCCGCGGGAUGGAGCGGGGGGGGGGGGGGGGUGCACACCCCGGGGCCUCGGGAGCAGCUCUGCGGUGUGUGCGGGACACAAGCCCCCACCCUGAGCCGGGCGGCCUGGCCCCGCAGGUCCCGAGCAUCGCAGGCACCGGGAGGGCCGAGCACAGCCAGCCCGGCGUCUCCUGGGCAAGCCCAGCUUCAGCCUGCGGGGAACGGGCUUGGAGCCCUAAGCCCGGCGGGCACGCCCCAGGGUGGGCUGGGGGAGAACCUAAUAAACGCCCUCGUAAAAAUGGCA